UCAGCCCGGCGCCUCGCUCCCUCCCGGCACCAUGCCUUACAACUGCUGCCUGCCCAACCUGAGCUGCCGCUCCGGCUGCCCCUCCCGGCCCUGCGUGGCCCCCAGCUGCUACAACAUCCCCCUGCCCGGGGCCUGCAACAUCCCCGCCAACGUGGGCAACUGCGGCUGGUUCUGCGAGGGCUCCUUCAAUGGCAGCGAGAAGGAGACCAUGCAGUUCCUGAAUGAACGCCUGGCCAGCUACCUGGAGAAGGUGCGGCAGCUGGAGCGGGAGAACGCGGAGCUGGAGUGCCGCAUCCAGGAGCGCUGCCAGCAGCAGGAGCCGCUGAUGUGCCCCAGCUACCAGUCCUACUUCCGGACCAUCGAGGAGCUGCAGCAGAAGAUCCUGUGCAGCAAGUCUGAGAACGCCCGGCUGGUGGUGCAGAUCGACAACGCCAAGCUGGCCGCGGACGACUUCAGGACCAAGUAUGAGACGGAGCUGGGCCUGCGGCAGCUGGUGGAGUCGGACAUCAACAGCCUGCGCAGGAUCCUGGACGAGCUGACCCUGUGCAAGUCCGACCUGGAGGCCCAGGUGGAGUCCCUGAAGGAGGAGCUGCUCUGCCUCAAGCAGAACCACGAGGAGGAAGUCAACACCCUGCGUUGCCAGAUUGGAGACCGCCUCAACGUGGAGGUGGACGCCGCCCCCACUGUGGACCUGAACCGUGUGCUCAAUGAGACCAGGUGUCAGUACGAGGCCCUGGUGGAGACCAACCGCAGGGACGUGGAGGAAUGGUUCACCAACCAGACCCAGGAGCUAAACAAGCAGGUGGUGUCCAGCUCAGAGCAGCUGCAGACGUGCCAGGCGGAGAUCAUCGAGCUGAGACGCACGGUCAACGCCCUGGAGAUCGAGCUCCAGGCCCAGCACAACCUGAGGGACUCGCUGGAGAACACGCUGACAGAGACGGAGGCCCGCUACAGCGCCCAGCUGUCCCAGGUGCAGUGCAUGAUCACCAACGUGGAGUCCCAGCUGGCGGAGAUCAGGAGUGACCUGGAGCGGCAGAACCAGGAGUACCAGGUGCUGCUGGACGUGCGGGCCCGGCUGGAGUGUGAGAUCAACACGUACCGGGGCCUGCUGGAGAGUGAGGACUGCAAGCUCCCCUGCAACCCGUGUGCCACAACCAAUGCCUGUGACAAGCCCAUUGGACCCUGCGUCUCCAGUCCUUGUGCCCCACUCCCUCGGUGUGGGCCUUGCAAUACCUUUGUGUGCUAGAGGCAUCGAUGGCAGGAGUGCAAGGGCCCCGAAGUCACACCCUAACUUCACCCAAACAUCUCCAACAGUGACCGGUUUGGGUCAAGGAAGAAACUUCUAUCGGCACCAGCUCCCAGGGGUCACCUCUAGGCUUCUGCUGAAUUUCCUGGCUUGCUUCUUUACUAUAGGAGACAGCAAAGUCUACUCAUUGUCUCUAUCUUCUGAAAAAUACAGAGAAAUCUGUAACGGGAUCAAGUAGUAUCCAUUGUCCCAGUGACACAUUUGCAUAAUGUGCUAUGCUUUAGCAGGUACUUAUCUAGAUGCGAUGUUACCA